AUGGCACCUAUGGAGUACGGUUACUGUCCUCAACAAGCAGCAGGUGCUGCCGUGAGCCCCUCCCCCGUCACAGAGAACUCACAGGCGACUGAGAUCGAGACUGAAGACUCUUAUGAACCUGAGACUGAUGACAGUCAUGAUUGGCAAGAGACAAGAGAAGAUCUGUCAGAAUUAAACUUGAAAAAUAAGAAACCAAAGAGUGGUGAGAGACCACAUAGGUGCACAGAGUGUGGUAAAAGAUUUAACCAAAAAGCGCAUCUGACCACACACAUGUUAGUUCAUACAGGAGAGAAACCCUUCAGCUGCCUUGAGUGCAGUAAAAUAUUUAGCCUAAAACAUAAGCUGACCAGACACAUGUUAGUUCACACAGGAGAGAAACGCUACAGCUGCUCUUAUUGUGAGAAAAGAUUUACCGAUCCGUCUACUUUGAGAAAUCACAUGGCAAAUCACAAAGGGGAGAAACCUGUCAGUUGCUCUAUUUGCAGUAAAGCAUUUCAACAAAAAGGAGCCCUUACCCAACACAUGUUAGUUCAUACAGGAGAGAAACCUUUCAGCUGCCUUGAGUGUGGUAAGAGAUGGAAUCAUAAAGGGUCUCUGACCAGACACAUGAGAGUUCACACCGGAGAAAAACCUUUCAGCUGCUCUCAAUGUGAGAAGAGAUAUAUCGAUAAGCCUAGUUUGAAUUAUCACAUGGCAACUCACAGAGGGGAGAAACCAUUCAGCUGCCUUGAGUGUGGUGCCUUAAGGUUUAACCUGCAAGGAAGUCUGACCAAACACAUGAUGAUUCACACAGGAGAAAAACCCUUCAGCUGCUCUGAGUGUGGUAAAAGGUUUAACCAAAAAGGCCAUCUGACCACACACAUGUUAGUUCAUACAGGAGAGAAACUCUUCAUUUGCUCUGAGUGUGGUAAAAGAUUUAACAGAAAAGAGCAUAUGACCACACACAUGAUGAUUCACACGGGAGAGAAAUCUUUCAGUUGUUCUAAUUGCAGUAAAGCAUUUAAACAAAAACGAGCCCUAACCCAACACAUGAUGAUUCACACAGGAGAGAAACUCUUCAGCUGCUCUCAGUGUGAGAAAAGAUUUACCCAUAAGGCCAGUCUGACAUAUCACAUGAAAUAUCACAGAGGGGAGAAACCCUUCAGCUGCCUUGAGUGUGGUAAAAGAUUUUACCUGCGAGCUAAUCUGAUUGCACAUAUAAAAGUUCAUUCAGGUGACAAACCUUACAGCUGCCUUGAGUGUUGUAAAAGAUUUUACCUGCAAAGAAAUCUGACGCUACACGUGUUUACUCAUACGGGAGAAAAACCCUUUAGCUGCUCUGAAUGUGGAAUACGAUUUAGCCGAAAAGAGAAUCUGAAGAGACACAAUAAAAUUCACAUAAGGGAGAAAGCAAAUAAAGUCUAAUUUAAAACUUCACAUGGUUACCCCACUUUGGCAAGCUGCCCAGGUAUAUUUUCCACAUACCAUUAGAAUUUAAAACAAACUAGAAGAUAAUUGAUCGCCGUUGCUCUGUACCCCUUGCAUACAUGUCACAGGUCUGGACACUCUGUAGGUAACCAGAGAGGGAAGAAAGACAGGGAUCUACACUGUGACGUCUCUUUGAAUGACAAG